AUGAGCCAUGCUGCAUCCUAUGUGCUGUCACAGCAUGAUCUCUACUAUGCCCCGAAUUUUACUCUCUCUUCCAAAUUUGAGCUGUGGGAUCUCAACACUGAUUGUUGCUCUUGGGAAGGAGUUACUUGUGAUGCUCUUGGUCAUGUCAUUGGACUCGAUCUUAAUUACAAAUACCUUUCAGGCACCUUUCACUCCAUUUUCGAUCUCCAUCAUCUUCAACGCCUUAACCUUGCUGGAAACAACUUCAACACCACUUUGGUUUCCUAUGGGUUUGAUAAACUCCAAAAUCUAACUCAUCUCAACCUUUCAAGCUCAUGUUUUCAUGGCCAAAUUCCAGUGGAGAUCUCAUUCUUAACAAGGUUAGUUUCUCUUGAUCUAUCUUAUCAAGAUGGUUGCUAUAGGAGAAAUGGUGAUGGUUAUGAUCAUUUACUUACUCUAAGACUAGAGAAACCAAACUUCAAAACAUUGACCAUGAAUUUGAGGCUUCUCAAGGAGCUUUAUUUGGAUGGUCCAUUGUGCUCUUCACUCUCGAGACUUCAUUUUCUUUCCAAACUUAUCCUUGAUGAGAACCCAAUCUCUUAUUUACCUCGAAAUUUCUUGGAAAUUUCUUCUGGUUUGGUUUCUCUCAGUCUGGUGAAUUGCAAUCUCAGUGACCAUUUUCCAACAGAAAUCCUCUUAUUGCCAAACAUUCAAAGCAUCAACAUUUCAAGCAAUUACGAUUUAGUGGGUCAAUUGCCAGAAUUUCCAUCAAACAAUGCUUUGAGGAGUUUGUCACUUUAUGAUACAAAUUUCAGUGGAAAACUGCCUGAAUCAAUAGGUAACCUUAAUUUCCUGAGGGAUUUAAUUCUUGAUGAUUGUAACUUUCUUGGAUCCAUUCCAUCUUCAAUUGCAAGUCUUGGUCUUCUGUUACCAGAAUUUUCAUCAAACAAUGCUUUAAGAAGUUUAUCGCUUUCUGGAACAAAUUUCAGUGGAAAACUGCCUGAAUCAAUUGGGAAGCUUAUGUUCUUGAGGGAUUUAACUCUUUAUGAUUGUUAUCUUUUUGGAUCCAUUCCAUGGUCAAUUGCAAAUCUUACUCACCUGGUGAAUAUGGACCUAUCAGAUAACAAUUUCAGUGGUCUAAUCCCUCCCUUUCAUAGAUUUGGAGUUCCAAAUCUUACAUAUCUCAAUUUGGAAGGGAACAAGCUUUAUGGAUCAAUACCUUCUUCUUUAUUUACUCUUCCAUCAUUGCGGGGACUGACCAAUCCCAAAGUCAAUCCUUCAACUUCCAAGACUUGA